GGGGGGACGGGCUGGGGAGGGGGUUGGGGAAAGCCCGAGGGAGGAGGAGAAGGAGGGAGGAACUUCCCAAAGUUGCAAAACAUGGCUACCUUGCCUGCGGAGCCGAGCGCGGGGCCGGCGGCCGGGGGGGAGGCGGUGGCGGCGGCGGCGGCGACCGAAGAAGAGGAGGAGGAAGCGCGCCAGCUCCUGCAGACUUUGCAGGCGGCCGAGGGUGAGGCGGCGGCCGCGGCCGGGGCCGGGGCGGGCGAAGCGGCGUCGGGAGCGGAGGGCCCGGGAUCCCCGGGCGUCCCCGGGUCGCUCCCCGAGGCCGCUGCCGAGCCGCCCACGGGCCUCCGCUUCUCGCCGGAGCAGGUGGCGUGCGUUUGCGAGGCGCUGCUACAGGCGGGCCACGCCGGCCGCUUGAGCCGCUUCCUGGGCGCACUGCCCCCGGCCGAGCGCCUACGUGGCAGCGAUCCGGUGCUGCGCGCUCGGGCCCUGGUGGCUUUCCAGCGGGGAGAGUACGCCGAGCUCUACCGGCUGCUCGAGAGCCGCCCCUUCCCCGCCGCCCACCACGCCUUUCUGCAGGACCUCUACCUGCGCGCGCGCUACCACGAGGCCGAGCGGGCCCGCGGCCGCGCGCUGGGCGCAGUGGACAAGUACCGUCUGCGCAAGAAGUUCCCGCUGCCCAAGACCAUAUGGGACGGCGAGGAGACCGUCUACUGCUUCAAGGAGCGCUCCCGCGCCGCGCUCAAGGCCUGCUAUCGCGGCAACCGCUACCCUACGCCGGACGAGAAGCGCCGCCUGGCCACGCUCACCGGCCUCUCGCUCACGCAGGUCAGCAACUGGUUCAAGAACCGGCGACAGCGCGAUCGGACCGGGGGCGGCGGCGGCGCGCCUUGCAAGAGCGAGUCUGACGGGAACCCCACCACCGAGGACGAGUCCAGCCGCAGUCCCGAGGACCUGGAGAGGGGAGCGGCUCCGGUGCUUGCGGAGGCCCCCGCCCAGGGCUCUAUAUUUCUGGCCGGGGCCGCCCCUCCUGCGCCCUGCCCCGCCUCCUCCUCCAUCCUGGUGAACGGGAGCUUCCUGGCCGCGGGCAGCUCUCCCGCCGUGCUCCUCAACGGCAGCCCCGUCAUCAUCAACAGCCUGGCCCUCGGGGAGGCCUCCAGCCUGGGCCCCCUGCUGCUCACGGGUGGCAGUGGCGCCCCUCCACCGCAGCAGCCCACGCCCCAGGGGGCCAGCGAGGGCAAGACCUCCCUAGUCCUGGACCCUCAGACCGGGGAGGUGCGGCUAGAGGAGGCUCAGCCCGACGCCGACACCGCUGAGACCAAGGAAGCCCAGGUGGCUGCCUCCGGGCCGGCUGGAGAGGAGGCUGCUGGGCCUCUGCCCCAGGUGGUGCCCGGGCCCCCACCGGCCGCCCCCUUUCCUCUGCCCGCAGGACCCGUGCCCUCUGUGGCUUCUCCGCAGGUGGUGCCCCUUUCCCCACCCCCUGGGUACCCUGCAGGCCUGGGCCCCACAUCCCCACUGCUGAAUCUGCCCCAGGUGGUGCCCACCUCGCAGGUGGUGACCCUGCCCCAGGCGGUGGGGCCGCUGCAGCUGUUAGCCGCUGGGCCAGGCAGCCCUGUGAAGGUGGCAGCCGCCGCGGGCCCUGCCAACGUGCACCUGAUAAACUCCGGGGUGGGCGUGACGGCCCUGCAGCUGCCCUCGGCCACUGCCCCAGGAAACUUUCUCCUGGCCAACCCCGUGUCCGGCAGCCCCAUCGUGACGGGUGUGGCCGUGCAGCAGGGCAAGAUCAUCCUCACGGCCACCUUCCCCACCAGCAUGCUGGUCUCCCAGGUCCUGCCGCCUGCCCCCAGCCUGGCCCUGCCCCUGAAGCCAGACCCGGCCAUUUCAGUGCCCGAGGGAGCCCUACCGGUGGCCCCCAGCCCCGCACUCUCGGACAUCCAUGCCCUGGGCCCACUGUCUGCGCCGCAGCCGCCACCACCGCCUGUCCCUGCUGCCGCCGCCGCUACCAGCCUGCCCUUCUCCCCAGAUUCCUCCGGCCUCCUGCCUGGCUUCCCGGCGCCCCCGCCCGAAGGGCUCAUGCUGUCACCCGCAGCCAUGCCCAUCUGGCCCGCGGGACUGGAACUGAGCACAGGCCCGGAAGGGCUGCUGGAAGCCGAGAAAGGGCUGGGGACACAGGCCUCCCACACCGUGCUGAGGCUGCCAGACCCCGACCCUGAGGGUCUGCUCCUGGGGUCCACGGCAGGCGGUGAGGCCGAUGAGGGGCUGGAAGCAGAGCCCAAGGUUCUGACCCAGCUGCAGUCGGUGCCUGUGGAAGAGCCUUUGGAGCUGUGACCCCCCCCCCCCCCACAGCCCCCCGGGCCUCAUCGCCUCUGCUGCCAAUGGUGCUCGAGAUCCAGGACCGCCUGGGCCGUGGGGCUGCUCAGACACCAUCGCUGUGAGCCCAAGAUUCUACCCAUGGCGUCCACCCCCGCCCCAGGCUGCGUAACCUCUCCGAGCCCUGGAGGUGCCAGGGGGACUCGCCCCUGUCCGCUCCCGUCCAGGAACACUGUCCUCUGGAUCAGGGCCCUCUGUUACAGCCCUCUCAUUGCUCUGUGUGCCCAGAUACGCAGGGAGGUUUGGGGGUCCUGACUCGGGGCUGCCACCCCCAACCUGGUACUAGCUGUGAGCCGAAAGCUCGGCCACAUGGCUGAUUUCCAGCCCCCUGAGCCCUCCCCCUGUCACUCCCUCAAACACUAUUAAUAGCUCCGCUGACGUCCAGUGUUCUCAGAACCACUUGGAGUCAGAGGGUGGAGGCCAGGCGGUCCUGUGCCCCAGACCGAUGGAGCCUCGGGGCUGGGCCCUUCCUGCUGAGAAGGGAGGCAGGUGCGGGGAGGCCUGGGGAAGACCCCCUCCCCGGACUAGAGCCCUCAUUCUCACAUCCGGCCCCAGACCAAAGAUCCCCUUCACCCCUGGGGCAACCCUGACCCCUGUGUCUAGUUUGUAUCAAAUCUUUAUUUUUCUAGGACAUGUUACGCCUCUAUUUCAAUUAAAAUAAAGUUAACAGACAACUAGAC